GUCCUAUAUAGGCCCUCUAGGUUCUGCAUAAAACGACUCACCGUCCAUGGUUUGGCACAAUGGCUUUGUUGACCAAAAUGGUAAUACAAUUAGACCAUUUGUGCUGGUCCAGAGACUUUCAAGAAACUCUCUGUUCUUUUUACCUGGAUAUGAAUUAUUAUAGCAGACAAGAAGAGCGAGAGAGAAGGAUGGCAACUCUACAGAGUUGUGCUCUGCUGGGUGAACCCCAAAUUUGAAGAGAUAAAGAGGGGAGGAUGAUGGAGGGAAAAGAGAGAGGAGACAAAAAGAAAAAGAAACAAGAAUCGAUGGUGAAAAAGUCGACGGGCGGGAUACUGGUAGGGAAAAGAGGAGGCCCAUCAACUCCAUCACCUAAAUGGAGGUUUCACUUCACAUCUCCAAAACAAAAUCAACCCAACACCAACACAAGUGCCAGAAAGCUCUGUGCCAGCCUCUGGGAGAUUCAGCCCCAACACCACCAUUCGUUCACUAAAAUGACCAACCAUGCUCGCCGUCCUCACAUACCCAAAUACGAGGUUAAACCUCCUAUUACCCAACCUGAUCAGCUGAGAACUCCAAGCAGCUCGAGAAGUCAUGUUGCAGCAAUGAUGCAACGACAUCGAUUAGUUGGAGGGAAUGGUCAUGCUCUGCAGCCUUUGUCUCCGGCGAGUAAUGGCAGCUCAAUGGAGAUUGCCCCUUAUAAUCCUGCCGUGUCUCCCACAUGUUCAUCGGAUAAUAAUGGUAGGAAGGAGUCUAGGUAUGGCCGCAAAACAUCCACGGAGUUGCUCAAGGUGCUGAAUCGGAUCUGGAGUCUUGAAGAGCAGAAUGCAUCCAAUAUGUCACUGCUGAAACCUCAAAAAAUGGAAUUAGAUCAUUCACGGAUACAAAUUCACAAGUUGCUGAAGGAGAAGCAAACUAAUAGGAAAGAAAUUAAUGACUUGGUUAAACAAGUUACUGUGGAUAAAGUUCUUAGGAAGAAUGAAGAGCAAGAUCGAAUCAAAGCUGCUAUUCAGUCGAUGACACGUGAAUUAGUGGAGGAGAAGAAACUAAGAAAGCAUUCAGAAAGCCUGCACUGGAAGCUAGCUCGAGAACUAUCAGAAAUUAAAUCUUCUCUCUCUAAUACUCUGAAAGAACUUGAAAGAGAAAGGAAGGCCCGGAUUUUAUUGGAGAACUUAUGUGAUAAAUUUGCCAGGAGCAUUAGGGAUUAUGAAUAUGAAUUGCGUUCAAUAAAGGACAAAGCUGGGAUAGAUGGUGUUGAUAGCCAUGAUCAACUGAUUCUGCGUAUUUCAGAAGCGUGGCUUGAUGAGCGGAUGCAAAGGAAACUAGCUGAAGCUGAAAAUAAUGUAGGGGAGGAUGAUACAGUUGUUGACAAGUUAACUGUUGAUAUAGAAACCUUCCUUCACGAUAAACGCUCUGUUAAAUCAAGGACAAUUGGCAACUUGUCCACAAAUGAGGUAAUUAAAUGUAGCUCACGACGUGAGUCCUUCCCAUUCAAUCAAGAAGCAAGUGCACCUCAACAUGCAGCUGAUGAAGAUGAUUCUACUGAUAGUGAUUUGCGUCAUCUUGAACGACGCAUGUGUACAAUUAGAAAACAGCAUAAAAACCAUUCUAGGCAUUGCGGUAAUGAUGCUCCAGAAGGCCAUUCCGAAGAAGUAGUUAAAUCAAAGUCCAAGCGAAAAAUGGUUAAAGGUUUUCCUACAGAGUCUGAAGAAUGCUUGCCGAAGAACAAUGACCAGUUUCUCAAAGCUCGACACUCUAUCAAGAAUCAAUCCUUGUCAUCCGAAGGCGACAGAAUUCACCUGGAGGGGGAACUGAAUGAAUAUUCUUGCCAGCAGUCUGUCUUUGCAGGUUGUGCUAGCCCAGUGAAACAAUGGAAAUCAAAAUUGACAUCUUCUGAAAUUGAGAAGUCUCAAUCAUCUUCGAUGUUUCCUCGAGACAUAAAGGAAAACACUCUGGAGGAAAAACUGCUUGAAGCAAGAAUGGAGGGUCGGAAAUCUCGUUCGAAAGCUUCCUAAGUUUCUUAAGUUGUUCCUGGGAGGUGAUGAAAAAUAGUCAUUUGUCUAGAAUGAAGAUGAUGGCCAUGAUCUUACAUCUAGACCUGUGAAGUGGAUCAGAGUUGGCAGAAUAUUCAUUACAUUUUUCAUUUUGGCAUGUAGGUUGGAAUACAUUGUUGUUCAUGAAAAAUGGAUUAUCUUUUUGAUGGUUACAUGGAUAAGAUAGGAUUUUGAGACAUUGAUUCAAA